AUGCCAGCUGCUCAGAAGUUGAAUCUGUCUUCCAAAAAGAAGAAGAAUCGACCUUCAACAUCAUCAGCAUCUGAAUCACCUCUCUUCUCUACAAGCUUCAGUGGGAUUCUUCAGGCUUCCCCUCCUCCUGCUCCACCUUGCCUCUUAAGGGCAGUCAACAAAGUGAAAGAUACUCCAGGUCUGGGCAAGGUGAAGGUCAUGGUUCGCAUCUGUUCCACACUUGCCAAGGACACCUCAGAAUCCAGCUCCUUUUUGAAGGUGGAUCCAAGGAAGAAACAAAUCACCCUCUAUGACCCCUUGACUUGUGGAGGACAGAAUGCCUUUCAAAAGAGAGGCAACCAGGUUCCACCCAAGAUGUUUGCCUUUGAUGCUGUUUUCCCCCAGGAUGCAUCUCAAGCUGAAGUGUGUGCUGGAACAGUGGCAGAAGUGAUCCAAUCUGUGGUCAAUGGAGCCGAUGGCUGUGUGUUCUGUUUCGGGCAUGCUAAGCUGGGCAAAUCUUAUACCAUGAUUGGGAAGGAUGAUUCUAUGCAGAACCUUGGCAUUAUUCCCUGUGCCAUCUCAUGGCUCUUCAAGCUGAUUAACGAACGCAAAGAGAAGACAGGAGCCCGUUUCUCUGUCCGGAUCUCUGCCGUCGAAGUGUGGGGGAAGGAAGAGAACCUGCGGGACCUGCUGUCGGAAGUGGCCACGGGCAGUCUGCAGGAUGGCCAGUCACCAGGAGUCUAUCUUUGUGAAGAUCCCAUCUGUGGCAUGCAGCUCCAAAACCAGAGUGAACUCCGAGCCCCCACAGCAGAGAAGGCAGCCUUCUUCCUUGAUGCUGCCAUCGCUUCUCGUCGGAGUAGUCAGCAAGAUUGUGAUGAGGACGACCACAGGAACUCACAUAUGUUAUUCACUCUGCAUAUUUACCAGUACCGAAUGGAAAAGAGUGGCAAAGGUGGAAUGUCUGGAGGUCGAAGCCGCUUGCAUCUGAUUGACCUAGGAAGCUGUGUCAAAGCUCUCAGCAAAAAUCGAGAGGGUGGUUCAGGCUUGUGCCUGUCACUAUCAGCCCUGGGAAAUGUCAUCCUUGCUCUGGUCAAUGGCAGCAAACACAUCCCUUACAAAGACAGCAAGCUCACUAUGUUGCUGCGAGAGUCCCUAGGGAACAUGAACUGCCGCACCACCAUGAUCGCUCACAUCUCAGCAGCCGCCGGGAACUACGCGGAAACCCUAUCUACCAUCCAGAUUGCAUCCAGAGUCCUGCGGAUGAAGAAAAAGAAAACUAAGUACACCUCAAGCUCUUCUGGAGGGGAAAGCUCUUGUGAAGAAGGGAGAAUGCGUCGACCAACCCAGUUGAGACCCUUCCAUCCUCGCACGGCUGUUGACCCCGACUUCCCCAUCCUUCACUUGUCCAGUGACCCAGAUUAUUCCUCUAGCAGUGAGCAGUCCUGUGAUACUGUAAUCUACGUGGGUCCCAAUGGCACAGCCCUCUCCGAUAAGGAACUCACCGACAAUGAGGGACCCCCAGACUUCGUCCCUAUAGUCCCUGCCCUGCAGAAGACCAAGAACAACAGCAGACUGGAGGAUGGAGGGGACAGUGCCUCCAGCAAGUCAGAGAGGGAUUGCCUCAAGUGCAACACCUUUGCAGAGCUCCAGGAGAGGUUGGAUUGCAUAGAUGGCAGUGAGGAGACCAACAAGUUUCCUUUUGAGGAGUUGCCCAUCCAGUUUGGGACUGACCAGAUGAACAAAUGCCUCACCCUAUCCAGCCAAGUGGCCGAGCUGAGCCAGCUCUCAGAAUCUGAUAAGGAAGAGAAUGGUUCUGAUGGUCAGCUGUUGGAUAAGGAAGGGCAGGAGAGUUCUGGUGCCGCCAAUCUGCUGAGGAAUCACUCCCCGGUCCCUUCUGGAGCCUUCACCCACACUCCCACACCUUCCUCACCCAGAAGCAUCCCUGGCAGCUCCAGUAGCCAGACCACCUCUUCCCAGCUUUCCCACAGCCCCAGCCUUCAGAGCAGCCGUGAAAGCCUCAACUCCUGUGGCUUUGUGGAGGGCAAACCACGGCCAAUGGGUUCCCCCCGCCUCGGCAUUGCCAGCCUUUCCAAGACUUCUGAAUACAAGCCACCAAAUUCACCUUCUCAGAGGUGCAAAGUCUAUACUCAGAAAGGGGUGCUCCCCUCUCCAGCUCCACCACCACCACAGCCAUCCUUGUCCAAGGACUCUGGGAUGGUGUCUAGUGAAUCCUUACUGCAGCCUGAGAUUCGAACACCUCCAGUAGGAAUGAGCCCUCAGGUCCUGAAGAAAUCUGUCUCCUCUGGGAGUGGGGGAUUUUCAGAAACCAUCAUUGAUGAGGAGCAAUCAGCUACUUCUCCAGGGUCAAAGAAAGGAGUUCUGAGCACAACCAUGGUCACUGUCCAGCAACCUCUGGAGUUGAAUGGUGAGGAUGAGCUGGUGUUCACUUUGGUAGAGGAAUUGACCAUCAGUGGGGUCCUUGAAAAUGGGCGUCCUACCAGCAUCAUCAGCUUCAACAGUGAUUGUUCUGUGCAAGCCUUGGCUUCGGGGUCCCGUCCAGUCAGUAUCAUCAGCAGCAUCAGUGAAGACCUAGAGUGUUACUCUAACACAGCUCCAGUCUCAGAAGUCAGCAUCACCCAGUUCUUGCCCCUCCCCAAGUUAAACCUGGAUGAGAAGGUCCGGGAUGCAGGGAGCAGACGGUCCUCCAUUAGCUCUUGGCUGAGCGAGAUGAGCACAGGGAGUGAUGGUGAGCAGUCAUGCCAUAGCUUCAUAGCCCAGACAUGCUAUGGGCAUGGGGAAGCGCUGGCAGACCCUCCACUCCCCGACUUUGCAAACACGAUCCAGAACAAUAGAAUGAUAUGUGGAGACAAGUCCAAGGCAGGCCCAGAAAAUUUACUCAUCCUAUCUGAAAUGGGAGAAGAAGCUUUCAACAAGGGGUCUCCUAUCAAAGGCUGUAAAAUAUCAGCUCUCGGCAAAGCCAUGGUGACAAUUUCCAAUGCAGCGAACUUAGGUGGCUGUGAAGGCUACAUCCCCAUGAAGACGAAUAUUACUGUUUAUCCCUGUAUCUCCGUGAGCCCCCUUAACAUCCAAGAGACAGACGAGGCCAUAACCACAGUCAACUCACCUUCCAAAGCAGCCCAGUCUCAGGAGAACAAAGAAGCCAACACAAAGAAAGAGAUCAAAUUUGAGGAUCCUUGGCUUAAAAGGGAAGAAGAAGUGAAAAAAGAGAAUAGUUACCCCAGUAACACAACUAGUUAUGAAACUGAGAUGGGGUCCACAAAGCACGAUUCUAGACACGAACAAGAACCAGGCAAGAAGCCCAGCUCCGUAGACAGGUUCAGCAGCAGCAGCAGCGGUGGAGAGACGUCUAACUCCCCUGUGUCUGACAAUUUCAAGAGGAUUGUGGAUGGCUGUGAGAUGACCCUGUCCAGUUUGGCCAGCCAAGUCCCGAUACAUGCCAACAAGAGCCUGAAGGCCAGCAGUCUCCCGAGAGCCUUUCAGAAAGGUAGCCGGCUAGAGGACCUGGACAAUGUCUUCUACCACUGCGCAGCCGAGAGCAAUGGUAUCUGCUCACUUUCUGGAUCUCAGUCUUCCAAGACCACCCUGGAGAGGAGGAUGGCUUCUCCCAAGCACUGCGUUCUGGCUCGGCCAAAAGGGACACCCCCUCUCCCUCCCAUUCGAAAGUCAAGCCUGGACCAGAAGAAUCGCGCUAGCCCCCAGCAUAGUGCCCCCAGUAGCAGCACUAGCAGCCCCUUAAAUCAGCCAGCUCCUUUCCUUCCGGGCUUCCCAGAUGAGCCCGGCAGCAAGACGAAAGAUACCAGUAGCAGCAAGUUAUUCAGUGCCAAGCUUGAGCAGCUCGCCAGUAGGACCAACUCUCUCGGUCGGGCCACAGUAAGCCACUACGAGUGCCUGUCCCUGGAGAGGGCCGAGAGUCUGUCCUCCGUAAGUUCCAGGAUUCACUCUGGCAAGGAUAGCACCAUGCCAAGGACCGGGAGAACCCUCAAUCGUUCAGCCAUGUCCUCUCCUACCAAUUCUUGCAACUCGCAGUCUGCCGGGGCCUCGCCCAAGGCUGGCCAGUCGAAGAUCUCAGCUGUUAGCAAGCUCCUCCUGGCCAGCCCCAAAGCUCGGAGCCUCUCCACCUCCACCACCAAAACCCUCAGCUUCUCCACCAAGUCUCUGCCACAGUCAGUCGGGCAGAGUUCCAGCCUCCCCCCCAGUGGAAAGCACAUGUCUUGGUCCACCCAGUCCCUCAGCAGGAGCCGGGGGUCGGGACUCACUUCCAAACUCCCCCUUCGUGCAGUCAAUGGCCGCAUCUCUGAACUGCUUCAGGGGAACACGGGCACCCGAGGUCUGCAGCUGCGGGGAAGCUCCGAGGCGGAGGAACGGGGUGGCAUUUCAGGAGAGGAGAAACCGGCCGUUCACAUGCUGCCCUCGCCGUACAGUAAAAUCACCCCUCCCCGCAAGCCCCAUCGGUGCAGCAGUGGUCAUGGCAGUGACAAUAGCAGCGUGCUGAGUGGGGAGCUGCCUCCGGCCAUGGGGAAAACGGCCCUGUUCUAUCACAGUGGGGGCAGCAGUGGCUACGAGAGCAUGAUGCGGGACAGCGAGGCCACGGGCAGCGCUUCGUCUGCGCAAGACUCCAUGAGUGAGAAUAGCGGCUCAGUCAGCGGAAGGUGCCGAAGUUUAAAAACUCCAAAGAAACGCUCCAAUUCAGGUUCUCAGAGACGGAGGCUCAUCCCAGCCCUAUCACUUGAUACCACCUCACCAGUGAGAAAGCCUUCAAACAAUGCUGGUGUUCGCUGGGUGGAUGGCCCAAUGCGGAGCACCCAGAGGGGUCUAGGGGAACCCUUUGAGAUCAAAGUCUAUGAAAUUGAUGAUGUGGAGAGGCUUCAGCGGCGUCGAGGUAUUGACAGCAAGGAAGUGAUAUGCUUCAAUGCAAAGCUGAAAAUCCUGGAGCAUCGCCAGCAGAGGAUUGCUGAGGUCCGGGCCAAGUAUGAGUGGUUAAUGAAGGAACUGGAGAUGACCAAACAGUAUCUGAUGUUGGAUCCCAACAAAUGGCUUAGUGAAUUUGACUUGGAGCAAGUAUUGGAACUGGAUUCCUUGGAGUAUCUGGAAGCCCUUGAGUGUGUGACCGAGCGCCUGGAGAACAGGGUUAAUUUCUGCAAGGCCCACCUCAUGAUGAUCACCUGCUUUGACAUCACCUCCAGGCGCCGAUAAAGAGAGAGUCAAGUCCUCCCCUCCCCUUCCCUUGCCUCCACCCCAUCUUCCACCUCCAUCCCACUCCCACAGCCCAGGACUCCCCAGAAACAGUCAUUCUCACCCAGGCCCUCUGCAAAGACAGCACCCCAAAGACCACAGAAUGAGGAUGAAGGUCGGCGGCAAGUCUGGAGCGAGCAUUGAGCGGCAGGAGAUUUUUCUUUUCCUUUCGUUUUUCUAGGAAGGGUGCCAACACCAAACCCGCAGUGAAGGAGCAAAAUGUUGGGAAGGUUGAGGGAUAUCAGAUCCCCUGAGAGACUGAAAAGAGCACUUUGAGGAACUUUCAAGGACACGUUUGUACAUACAAACUGCGAGCAAAGGCAACCUUGUUCUUUCCUGGCUUUGGCCAAGGAAGGGGAAGGGUGGAAGUAGGACUGCUGCUGCCGAGAGCUAAACAAAACAGCAACAAACAACAAAUACCCCGAAAGACUGUUUAAGUGCCUUGCAAAUCUUUAUUAUCCAAACGUUUAUGUUCAUACUUUCUUGUGUACAGAUGGUGCUAGUCAAGAAAAUUACAAAACAAACAAAAAAGGAAAAUCAGACACAUUUUGGAAAUGUAUUAAUGUAUUUACAGCUCGUUUUCUCCUGGUGUUUUAUCCUGUUUCUGACUUGCUGUUUCUAAGUAACUUGUGUUUGUAGAGAUAUUUCUUAAUCAGUACCACAUAUGAAUAAAUGUUAACUGUCUUUUA